GGAAUAUGGGGGGGGGCAAACCCAGAUGGUGCUAGAUCAUCUGCUUGAGGCGAGCCCCCGGGUUGGAAUGCCAGACACCUGCUGGAGUAUCCAGAGGUCGUGAAGGGAGAAUGAGCAGAUUGGGCCUGAGGCGGUCUUGAUUGCCCCCCGUGUGCGACGUAGCUUUUGACCCUGUCGCGCAGAGCGUGGAUGAACACAUUCACCAACACGCGGUGACACACACAAGCUCUCGCUCUCUCCGACAGCCACAGACAGCAGGAUGUUCAAGUACACACCUCCUUGGCAGGUGCUGUGUAACAGCAUGGAGCACGAGACCAAGAGAUUCUCAGUUGCUGCAUCUGAUGACGGCCGAGAUGUGUCCACCCAGGAGAAGGGAGACCUGAUAGCGUGCCACUCUCACCAGCUCCCGGCCUCAGAAAUCCCACUGUCCGCACAGGAAGACGCCACAGCCCGGCUGACCAUGGAGAGCACGCCCAAGAAGUGGGUGCUGCAGACCAUGUCGCCCAGACUGGAGCCGGCAACAGAUCUUCGCAGAAUGCUUAGCCCUACCAACAGCAGUCCCUUCAGCUUGGACAGGAACUGGACCCCGGAUAGGAGUGAUGACUCUUUCAGGUUUGACAGCAUCUCCGUGAGCCGCCUGCAGUCCACCGUUGUUGUAUCCGCCCAUCAAAAAGAGGGGUCGUCCCGGGAUGUGGUGGUACAGGCAAGGCAGGUGGCGGUUUCCGAGGAAGACUGCAGCAGCACCACCGAAGACUGGCAACCCAGUGUCCCUAGCAGUCCUGGCAGCACAGGUUCCCACCGUGGCUUCUACUCUUUUGUGGAAGAUCCUGCGAGCCCAGAGGCGGAGCUGAAUGAAGCCUGGAUGGUGUCCCCAGAGAGACAAGCCAUGUUAGCCACCCUGAAAGAGGAAGACAGCUUCACGCUGCAGACGUACACCAGUGGGACGAAGCCAGGGAGUCUAUUUGAAGAGGACGAAGACUCCCGCUACCACGUGAACACUUACAAUGGUGCCCAGUCGAAAGCAGAGGAGGAGGAGAAGAUACUUAGAGAAGAGAUUAUUCACGGUCAGGCCCCGAAAAAGGCCGCAUUCAGGGAGCAGUGGGGUGUGCUUGAAACCAUGGAUCUUAGCAAAUCACCCAAACGGCUGCUAGAAGGGUUGAGCUUGUGCUACAGCCCAAAGACCAUCAAAUCUGAGCCAGCAUUUGUUGCAGAAGAAGGCGCAGUCGAUAACAAUCAAAUCAACUUUAGUGCAGCACGGGAGCAGUUUUUAAAGAUGGAAAGGUCAAGGCUCAACUCUGUCUUGCAGAAUCCCAGUUCUCCAAAACCACACGGAAGACUGUGGCAAUCAGAAGACAGCUUGCUUUCACCCAGGAGCAAUAACGAAAAGUAUCACUCUUUUCAGUGGUUGAACCGAGGUCCAAACCAAGAAAAACCACAUGAUGAAGAGGAAUUCCAUGCUGGCAGAAAGGUGACAGUGUGCCUCACAGAGGACAGCGUGCUUGAUGACCUUGACUCUGCACUGGAGGAUGUAUCAGGGAAUCCAAGUGUUGGAAGCACAUCCAAUGACAACCCUCAGCAAGAUGAUGAGGACACAAAGUUGGCAAGUGGUUACAAGGAGACACCUAUUGAAAGGGAGAUUCGUAUCGCUCAGGAGAGAGAAGAGAGUCUUCGGAGACUGCGGGGCAUAAAGCACAGUGACGUUCAGGAGAUGGUGGAGAUCAAGACUAAGUCACUGCUCUCCCAGCCAAUACCUCUACAGACCGCUAGCAAGACCAAAGAGAAGAACAGAGUGAGCUUCCUCAUUCAGCGUGAGAUUGAAAAAGACAGCCAGAGGGAAGAGGACCUGCUCCACCAAGGUAAAGUCCCAGGUCUAUAUGACAGGGGAACUCCCCAGGAACUGGAGGAAAAGAAGAAAAUAUUUGAGCUGCCUUACCAUUCUGGAGCCGAGGAGGAGAAGAGGAAAAGGGAUGGGUCACUGCCAGAUGCCACUGUCAGGAUUACGAGCUCAAGCACAGAAGACUUCCCUUUUUGUUGCCCUCAACAGCAUUCAGAACAAAGAGAUCUGCAAACUGGCUUCAUGAGUUCCACUCCAAGCCUCAAUACAACCAGCGAAGGCUGUGAUUCCGAGUCCCAAGAGCCCACCAGAGUACUGUCAAGUAACUUCCCAAAGGAGGACAUUACAACGAAAGGCCAUGAGACCACUGAGGCGGCAAGCUCUCACGUCACAGUGAAGAACACAAGCUCUAGCAAAACAGUUAAUGAUCAGUCGUGGAUAUUGGGAAGAAAGGAGAUCCUCCCAGCCAGAAGAUCCUCCGCAAAAGAAGCAUACUCUCCAUCCUCCGUAUUGGCUCCCUCGUCUCCCACACCCAUGGCUUCUUCAUUUCAGGGGUCUGAGACAAGUGAUGACCAUAUUCCAACAUGGAGAGUGAAACUGGAUUCUGGGGGCCUGCGACCUCGAAGGCAAAAUGCUCCGGAUCUCAUCCAGAAGGAGAUUGAGCUUGAUCUAAAACGUGAGCAAGAGCUACGGGAACUGCGAGAAUCCAGUGGCCUAUCCAUGUCUAUGGAAGGAAACCUAGACCAUGUAGGACAAGACACAACAGACACGUAUCAAUCACCAAGCCUACAAAGGGUCAUUGUGGAAGAAGAACAGCCUGUGUUUGAGAGCCCUUCACUUCCUAUAGCCAAGACACGCUUUGCCAGAUGGUCCUACUCUUCAAUCACUCCAGCAUCUAUGCUAGAUAAACCAGACAGUCCAUCACCUUUUUCCCCCUCCAUUCGCCCCCCUGGCCGGCUUCCAUCCUUUUCCAUGGUGACCGCCCAGCCAUGGGGUUCUCCACGGCCCUCCUCCCCCGUGGUGAGCCGGGUCGGCCCCCUGUUGCCUGCUGGCCCUUGGGCGGAGAUGAGUGGCUCCCCUGGGACCCCCACACAAAAGGGCCUGACUGAGACCCUGCUAGAUGACUUUGAGGAGAGGAGAGCCAAACUGAAACUGGAGGAGAAUGCUUAUGCAGGAAUUCAGCCCAUCGAUGAUGUGAACAAUGAGGUUCUGGAAGCCACCCGAGUCACGAGGCACAAGAACAUGCGGGCACUGCGCUGGGAAGCUGGCAACUACACCAACGAGAACGGCCAAUGAACAUCCCUCUUCCGUGGAAGGAACAGGGAGGAAGGAGACGACGAGAUGCAAAGGCAUUUCAGAAAAAUCGUUGUGCACAUCUCAGCACAUAUUAAUAUGGCCGACUCUCUCGUAUACACUACCAAAAUGGCUGGACUGAUUGGGAACUUUGUGACAAAACCUCGGACCCUCCACAGCUGCUGCUGGUUCUCCUGAGAAUCUGAGAGCAUGUGUCCUUACACGAUUUCAAAGGGGGAAAAAGACAUGCGAACCGAAAGAAAUCUUGAUUAAAAAAAACAUUUUAGCCCAGGAUAGAACAAGAUUCCAAUGGCCAUCAGAGCUGCCAAACAUAAAGGAAUUCAAGGGACAGUGCUGUGCCUGCUUCAAAUGCAUUGCCUUGUUUUGGGAUGAAACCGCUAAGGUCUGGUUGCUGACUGGAAGCGUUGUAGGAGUUUGGCAGUUACUGCUUAGUAGCUUUGACUGGCCCUCAAA